AUGCCGCGUCGAUCUGCCAGCACUUCUUCCGCCAACGACCCCUCCAACACCUCGUCCUACUCCUCUACCUCUGGAAAGGGUGGCGUCGCCAUCAAGGCGUCAUCGAAGCCCAAUCGUCUGAGCCAGCUAUUCUCGACCUCUCCCAAGUCUAAGGCCGAACCUCAGACUGCACUGGCCGCUCUUCAAAUCGCCAGCGGAACUCCUCACCCUAGCACCACCGCCCCUCCGAUCAGCUCCGCCUCCCUAUCCUUACCGACUAUCUCACUUUCAACGGCGACCGCAGACAAUCCCAACAUGAACGAACCGCCCACUACACUCUUCCAGCCUCUCUCACCUGAGGAGGCCCGUCGUCUUGCAAAGCAACAUGCCCAGUUCGGUCCCAUCGGUCACCCUAGCCAUCGUUACUCUAGCCGCCAUCCUGGUGGUCCCUUUCCCGAGCCGAUUAUGGACGAGCCCCCCUAUUAUUAUCUCCUCACCACCUAUAUUAGUUAUCUAAUUCUUAUCGCUUUUGGUCAUGUUCGUGAUUUCUUUGGAAAACGCUUCCGCGAGGAAAACUAUCGUCACCUGAAACCCCGCAACGGUUAUGGUGCGCUCAACAGCGAUUUCGAUAACUUCUAUGUUCGCCGUCUUAAGCUCCGCAUCAACGACUGCUUUGAACGACCUGUCACUGGCGUCCCCGGAAGAUAUAUCACUUUGGUCAAUCGUGCAACCGAUGACCACAACAAGAGUUUUUACUUGACUGGGACUACCACCGAUACCUUGAACUUGAGCUCUUACAACUAUCUUGGCUUCGCCCAGUCUGAAGGUCCCUGCGCGGAUAUCGCUGAGGAGUCUAUUCGCAAGUAUGGUAUCACCCCCGUUAGCAGUCGUGCAGAGGUUGGAACUCAAGAUCUCCAUGUGGAAGUCGAGGAACUGGUUGCAAACUUUGUUGGAAAGGAAGCCUCCAUGGUUUUCUCGAUGGGAUUUGGUACCAACGCAAAUAUCUUCCCCGCCCUGGUUGGCAAGGGCUGUCUAAUCAUAUCCGAUGAGCUCAACCAUGCAUCGAUCCGUUUCGGCGCGCGUCUCUCCGGAGCAUCCAUCACCAUGUUCAAACAUAAUGACAUGCGGGAACUAGAAUUGAAAUUGCGAGAGGCCAUCAGCCAGGGUCAGCCACGCACCCACCGGCCUUGGAAGAAAAUCCUGGUUGUUGUGGAGGGUCUGUACUCCAUGGAGGGUUCAAUGUGCAAUCUCCCCGGUAUUAUUGCCUUGAAGCGCCGCUACAAGUUCCACCUCUUUAUUGACGAAGCCCACUCGAUCGGAGCUAUUGGCCCCAGGGGACGCGGUGUUUGUGACUAUUUUGGUAUUGAUACAGAUGAAGUGGAUAUUCUAAUGGGUACUCUGACGAAAUCAUUCGGUGCCAACGGAGGCUACAUCGCCGCAGACAAGGUGAUGAUUGACAAACUCAGAGCAACCAACUCCGGUGUUGUCUAUGGUGAAUCGCCCUCUCCAGUGGUUUUGGCCCAGAUCAUGUCCGCGUUGCGACUCAUCAGCGGUGGAAUCAUCCCCGGCCAGGGCGAGGAGCGGCUACAACGUUUGGCUUUCAACUCUCGAUACCUUCGUUUGGGACUGAAGCGUCUUGGCUUUAUAGUGUAUGGCCAUGACGAUUCGCCAAUUAUCCCAAUUCUUCUCUUCAAUCCUGCUAAAAUGCCCGCUUUCUCUCACGAGAUGUUGAAACGAAAGAUCUCUGUGGUCGUUGUCGGUUACCCAGCUACUCCUCUUGUCUCUUCCCGUGCUCGCUUCUGCGUCUCCGCUGCGCACACUAAGGAAGAUCUUGACCGCAUCCUGGCUGCCUGUGAUGAGAUUGGCAAUAUUCUUCAGCUCAAGUUUUCUACUGGUGUCGCCGGUGGUGCUGUGCCCACGAGCGAUGAUAUGGCCCCGCCUCCCGAGAAGGAAGCAGAAUGGCGUCAAAAGCGAAACCCCAGGAUAGUCCCUCCCAGAUGGCGCAUUGAAGACGUUAUCAGACGUGGUGUUCAGGAUGUCAAGUCACCACUCUACUAA